UAUCUUAAUCUCCAUUGGGUUUAUUCCAUUCUGCUCAGGUCACCCCGGACUGCUGCUGCCUGCACUUUCUUUUCCCACUGGAUCGGCUAAUAAUUCACGACGGAUCACGCGGGAAUCAUAAGACACUAACUGAAAUAUAUAACACCAUAAAACGGCCACAACCACAACCAAUUUAGUUAUUAAACUAACUUUUCUUUUGGAUUAGCCAACAAGCUAACUACUCGCCGAUUUUCUGUAUCUGCUGACAUGUCAAUGAAGGAAGCUAAGCCGAGGCUGACUGAGUCCCAGGCCUCAGAGCUGAUCAGCCGUCUCUUUGGGUUGACUGUCACAAAGAUCCACCCCCUGCCUAGCUACGACGACCAGAACUUCCACGUGGUGGUCAGUGAGGAAGGCCAGUAUGUGCUGAAGAUCAUGAACGCUGUGCUGAGCCAAAACCAGGAUCUGUAUGAGCUGCAGACCCAUGCCAUGGCCUUCCUGCACCAGCAUGGUCUGCCUGCUCAGACCGCCCUGCCCACCCUGACCGGAUCCCUGAUGAGUCUGGAGAAUAUUGACUGUGGAUUUGGCAGUCAGAAGUACUUGGUGCGAUUAUUGACCUACUUGCCUGGCACCACCAUCUCUAAGAUCCCCUGCUCCCCACAGAUGCUCUACCAGGUUGGAAGGAUGGCAGCUACAAUGGACACAAUACUGCAGAAGAUGGAGCAUCCAAAACUGUCGGCCCUGCAGCAGGAGAACUUCGUGUGGAACCUGGGUAAUGUGCAUCUGCUGGAGCCCUACCUGCCAACAGUGGAGGGAGAAAAUGUGAAGCAAAUUGUGAAGGAUGUGAUAAAGAUGUUCAAGACAGAAGUCCUGGUGAAUAUUAACUCCUUCCGCAAGUGUAUAAACCAUGGAGAUUUCAAUGAUCUCAAUAUACUAGUGGAGCCAGAAGGUCUGACUGGCCACAGAAUCUCUGGGAUCCUGGACUUCGGGGACAUGAGCAGUGGCUACUACGUCUUUGAGCUGGCCAUCGCUAUCAUGUACAUGAUGAUCGAGAGCCAAACUCCACUGGAAAUGGGGGGGGCGAUGUUAGCGGGCUGGGAGAGCGUCUUCCCGCUGAACAGGGCUGAGCGGGACGCCCUCUACGUGCUCGUAUUGGCCCGGUUCUGCCAGUCUCUGGUACUGGCCCAGCAUUCCGUCACUCUGUACCCCGAAGAUGAGGAUUACCUGAUGAUCACUUCGCGCAAGGGGAAGGGUCAUCUACUCAGGCUCUGGAAGAUGGGCAAGGAGGCGGUGCUCACUAAGUGGUUUGAAGAUGCCAGAGAGUACACAGAUAAGAAGUGAUGGCAUCUCAUGUGCUUAUGUGUUAGCUUCAGUAUUCAUCUGGUAUCUGUCUAUAUCCAUGCAUGUAAAAGAGGAUUUUCUUUAAGACAGAAAUACUGACCUCACCUGUCUUAUAUAAGGGUCAGAGGAUUUACAGGAAGUUCUGUAUUGCAUUGCUUAUUUGUGAUGGUUG